AGUGCAUUAUGUAUUCAAUCUUUGUAAGCAGAUCUCCACGUUCAGUCGAGGGAGAUAAACAUGAACAAAAAUAAAGCAGAGACCAUUGUUUCUGCUGAAAAUAUUAAAGCAAUUGUUUCUCCAAAAGAUGUGGAAACUAUUCUUUUUGAUCUUUACGGACUAGAAGUUAUUGAAAUUAAAGAUCUGAAUGGUUACGAUGACAAAAAUUUUAUGAUACAAAUUAAAAAUUCGAAAGAAAAUGAUGCUUUGUGUGAUAAUAGAUAUGUUUUCAAAGUGAUCAAUUCUUUGGAUUCAAAGGAUAUAAAUUUUUUUAGAGCUCAGGAUUCGGCUCUUCUUUAUUUGGCUGAUAGGGGAGUAUGCUGUCCUAUUCCUAUUGAAAACAAGAAUGGAGAAUAUCUCGCUUUGAAGCAAUUAUCUAGUGAUGCUCAUAUUGUGAGACUGUUAAAGUUUAUUCCUGGUAUCAUUUUGGCACAAACUGAAAUAAAUCCUGUUCUUUGUUACGAAUGCGGAACUAUUGUAGCUACUAUACAUGUGAAAUUGAGGAACUUCUCUCAUGAAGGUUAUAAAGAUCGAAAUACUCCAUGGAUGUUAGCCAACGUACCACAACUUCAGAAUUACAUAUUUGCAGUAAAAGACGACUCACGGAAAAAAUUGGUGACUGAUAUUAUUGCAGCCUUCACCUCAGAGGUUCUUCCCAAGUCUGAGAAACUAGAAAAAGGUCUUAUUCAUGGGGAUGUUAACGAACAGAAUGUACUGGUCGAACAGCAAAAUGGACGGUGGCAUGUAAAGGGAAUAUUAGACUUUGGUGACAGCCAUGAGGCUUGCCUCUUGUUUGAUGUAGCUAUUACCAUGACUUAUAUGAUAAUUGAAGCUGAGAAUAUCGACUACGGAGGUUAUGUAUUGACUGGAUAUAAUUCCGUGAAACGUCUGCUACCUGAAGAAAUGAACUUGCUCAAGAUAUGUGUAUGUGCCAGAUUUUGUCAGUCUUUAGUUAUGGGAGCUUUCACUAUCACUCGAGACCCGGAAAACACAUACGUGAUAAGAACAGCGAAAGCAGGGUGGACCAUAUUAGAAGAAUUAUGGAAUAUUCCUAAUGAAGAAAUAUUGGGAAGAUGGUUGAAAAUAGGCGAAAAUUUUGAAUCGGCUAGUUAUUACUGAAUAAUUUAGAAAUAUAAUACUCUAUGUCUUCAACUGGAAAAGUCAAUAUUUAUGUAGACAAAUUUUGAAUUUUUAUGACGAACUAAAUCCUCGACUUUCUUUGUUUGAAAAUAUUCAUUCCAAUGAACAUCCUAAGGAAGGUUUCUUAUUCAAAAAGUUUUUUAGUGAUAUUUAUUUUGAACUGAACUGGUUUUGAAAUAGUUUCGAGCGAUUUUGAUAAACUUUUCUUCGCCAAUGGGAGCAGAUCAUAGAAAUAUAAUA